AACGCCCCUACCUAGAAGUAGAAGAUGGACGUCGAACGGAUGUUGGCAUUGCGACUGGCAUAGCUCUCAAUUAGAUUACAGUGCAAGUUUACUCCAAACACGCUGUUAAUAUAAAGCAAAAACAAACUUCUGUUACUGAAUUUUGACAGACCAUUUUUAUUCAUCACCGUCAGUGUCUUUGGUCAACUAGCUAGCUGAUGUUAGCUUGCUUGGUAGCUAACAGUAACGUUAGCUUAUUUUUUCGGGUUUAGCUAGUGAGCUAAACUUGUCAAGAAAUUACAUUAUUUAUUGGCAUAGUGAACGGUACCUUGUUGGAUUUGCUUACAGCGAAAUAGUUAUCUUUCACGUUUGAACUAUUAACUAGUCUCAGGCGGCCUUUGCAGUCGGUGCAAGCUGGCCAGCGCAGUAACGGUAGCUACUGUAGUUAGCUAGCCAUGGCUUCCAGGCGAGGAAAUUGUAACAGCGGCACGGAUUCUCCGUUGAAUAGCAAUAGCACAGCCGGUGGUGCUAAUCGUAAACAAAGUAUAAUCAACGCACCAAACCGAGCUGGGACUGAGUCUUGUGAUCGUAAAGUAGAGAAAGCUGAGUAUGCGCACCAAGCAUGCCAGGGUAACAUGACUAUAUCCUCACUCAAGACACGGUUAGCCCCGACCAUUCGAACCACGUUAUCCGCUGCUGUAGAUACCCUCUUGGGCGAGGUAGUACUUGUGCUCAACGAGACCCAACAAGAGCUGGUUAACAAGGAGCAGGAGAACGAAAGGCUCAAAGUGGAAUUGAGGACGUUGCAGGAAUGUCUUAGCAGCGCCCAAAAGUUAAUUGACCAGUUGCAAAUUCCUUUCCCUGGUGCACAGACCAUGGGUCAGUCAGUAUUCGCCCCCUCUCUCACAUCUAUUGGCUCUAUGAACACAAGUAUGGACAGGGACCGCCAGAGCCACCGUAAUGUCAAUGGCGCAGACGGACGGUGUGUUUCCGGAGUCGACCUAGAGAUGAGUGGCUCUCUCAGUGAGUCUCUGCAUGGGUACGACUCCAGGGAUGACUAUAAAAUGUGUCAGCUCUCUAUCCAACCAGACGGCUCUGUGACCAACCAUUCUAUGGACUCUUAUGCUGCCAACACACCUAACAUCUGCUCUGACCACAGCCGGCCAGAUGAGAGGAGGCAGCAGCAGGGGACACAAGCAGGAGGAACAAGAUUUGAGAUCAAAGAAGAGCAGGGGCCUGGUACAAGUUCAGGUCCAGAGCAGGCUUGCAGGAGAGGGCCAGGGCCGAGGAGCGCCGGGGGUGCUGGCGGCAGUGAGCAGACGGCCCAGAAUGUGGGUGAUCUAGGAUAUAUCCAUGUGGUGGAGCAGGAGGGGUCAUUGCGCUCCGGAAGCUACUCUCUUCGACACCCAAAACCAACGAGGCCACGUACUGCCACUGGUGGUCCGACUCAGGGUGUACUGGCAGGACAGAAAGUGGUGUUGAGGUCUCCUGGAACAGUGGGAAGGGACAGCAUAUCCCCAGGGAGGGCGGGAGAGACAGCAGGACCAUCCACCUCUCCAGGAGAUCCAGAUGCAGAUCGGCCCCACCACUGUCUAGAGUGUGGGAAGACCUUCCGCCUCAUCUCCAGCCUGAAGAAGCACAUCCGCAUCCACACAGGAGAGAAGCCCUAUCCGUGCGGGGUGUGUGGCCGCCGCUUCCGUGAGUCAGGGGCCCUGAAAACCCAUCUUCGCAUUCACACAGGUGAGAAGCCCUACUCCUGCUCUGAAUGUCCUAAAAUCUUCCGCCAUUUAGACGGCCUACGCAAGCACCAGCGCACCCACACGGGUGACAAGCCCUAUGUGUGUGCCAUCUGUGGCAAGCGUCUGAGCCGACUGCAGCACCUGAAGCACCACCAGCGCAUCCAUACUGGAGAGAAGCCCUGCAUCUGCCCCUUCUGCAACCGCACCUUCAAGGAGCCAGCGGCGCUGCGCAAGCAUGUCCGCACUCACCGUGAGGAGUCUGGCAACAUGGAGGCAGGCCUGGGAGAGGAGCCGGACCCAGAAGCCCUGGACAACAUCAACAGCCUCCAUCCUGCUGCCCCCUCCCCUCAGAUGAGGUUUGAUGAGUGGGGAGCUGAAGGGGACGAUGUGGACUGUGUGUAGGAUGGCCACAUCCUUCUGCCUAGUGCAUUAGGAAUAUGACAGUAAAGAGUCUUCCUAUUCCAUUACUGUACUGUGUGAGGAAGUCUAAAAUUCCAUCCCUGAGAAACAGGCUAUCUCCAUCCUUAGUAUUGUCACUUGACCAGGGUAGCCUAUUCAUUUCAGAGACACUUCAUGUGCCUGUCUGACCCCUGACAUAUACUUUAGUGCAUUAUAAUCUUAGAAAUGUGAAAGUAGUUUAUAGAAUAUGAAAUGUACCCAUGUCUCAUGUCCCCCUUCUCCCAUGCAACUCCACAAACUACCUGGUGUGUAUCAUCAUUGUCUGCUGGAGAUACUCAUCCUUUAAGGUGCUCGUCAUGUGUAUUUUCAUAUGGAAUGGAGUUAUAUGCAACCAUGUCCAAAGACCAUUUUAUAGAAUUGUAACAAUAGUUAGUUUGCUACUAUUAAUGCCACCGCCAUGGUGACAUUAAACGGAGACUCAGCGAUGUGACGUUACCAUGAACAACAGUGCAAUAACUUCAGAAAGAGGGCAAUGCCUUGUUAGCAGUGGUGGGGGAAAAGUACCCAAUUGUAAACAUACCUUAACAGACAAUAACUCAAGUGAACGUCACCCAGUAAAAUACUGGAGUAAAAGUCUAAAAGUAUUCGGUUUUAAAUAUACUUGAGUAUCAACAGUAAAUGUAAUUGCUAAAAUAUACUUACGUAUCAAUUGUAAAAGUAUAAGUUGUCAAAUUCCGUAUAUUAAGCAAACCAGAUGACACCAUUUUCAUGUUCUAUUAAUUUAUGGAUUGCCAGGGGCACACUCCAACACUCAGACAUAAUUUACAAAUGAAUCAUUUGUGUUUAGUGAGUCCUCCAGGUCAGAGGCAGUAGAGAUGACCAGGGAUAUUCUCCCUGGUCCAUUUUCCUGUUUCUGCUAAGCAUUCAAAAUGUAACGAGUACUUUUGGGUGUCAGGGAAAAUGUAUGGAGUAAAAAAAUACAUUAAUUUCUUUAGGAAUGUAGUGAAGUAAAAGUGGUCCAGAAUAGUAAAGUACAGCUACCCAACAAAAACCUACUUAAGUUUUACUUUAAAGUAUUUUUACCGAAAUACUUUACACCACUGCUUGUUAGAACCCACCCACACAGAUAUACUGAUAAACAGCUGCAUAUAUUUGUACCAGCCAGGAGUGUGAUAGCUGUGUGGUAAUGCUGCCCAGAUUAGCUUCUUCCUACUCUCUCCUUCAGAAGUCCAUAUUUAUAGUCACGUCAUAUUGCUGAAUGUACUUUUAACGAUUAAUGCCACCAUGAAAUGUAAAUAUGUAAUCACUUGCAAUCGUUCUAAUUCUUCCUCUUAUUGAUUGGCCCAUUCAGAGAGAAAAUGGAAACCAUCUCUAUCUGAGGGAGUGUUUGUCUGAUGUUUGUCUAAUUAGAACAGAGAAACAUUUAGUUUCAGCCUUUUAGCUGUCAAUCUCUGUCCCAGUGUAUUAUCCUUGUAAACUGGUCCAUCUGCAAUUAUGGAAAAUGUCCAUUACUAAUUUAAAUCCCCUCUAAAUAGGUUGACAAUACUAAGAAUAUACAGUAGCAGUCAAAAGUUUGGACACACCUACUCAUUCAAGGGUUUUUCUAUAUUUUGACUAUUUUCUACAUUGUAGAAUAAUAGUGAAGACAAACUAUGAAAUAACACAUGGAAUCAUGUAGUAACCAAAAAAGUGUUAAACAAAUCAAAAUAUAUUUUAUUUGAGAUUUUUUGAAGUAGCCGCCCUUUGUCUUGGUGACAGCUUUGCACACUCUUGGCAUUCUCUCAACCAUGAGGUAGUGACCUGGAAUCAAAUCAAAUCAAAUUUAUUUAUAUAGCCCUUCGUACAUCAGCUGAUAUCUCAAAGUGCUGUACAGAAACCCAGCCUAAAACCCCAAACAGCAAACAAUGCAGGUGUAAAAGCACGGUGGCUAGGAAAAACUCCCUAGAAAGGCCAAAACCUAGGAAGAAACCUAGAGAGGAACCGGGCUAUGUGGGGUGGCCAGUCCUCUUCUGGCUGUGCCGGGUAGAGAUUAUAACAGAACAUGACCAAGAUGUUCAAAUGUUCAUAAAUGACCAGCAUGGUCAAAUAAUAAUAAGGCAGAACAGUUGAAACUGGAGCAGCAGCACAGUCAGGUGGACUGGGGACAGCAAGGAGCCUUCAUGUCAGGUAGUCCUGGGGCACGGUCCUAGGGCUCAGGUCAGUUGAAACUGGAGCAGGAGCAUGGCCAGGUGGACUGGGGACAGCAAGGAGUCCUCAUGUCAGGUAGUCCUGGGACAUGGUCCUAGGGCUCAGGUCCUCCGAGAGAGAGAAAGAAGGAGAGAAUUAGAGAACGCACACUUAGAUUCACACAGGACACCGAAUAGGACAGGAGAAGUACUCCAGAUAUAACAAACUGACCCUAGCCCCCGACACAUAAACUACUGCAGCAUAAAUACUGGAGGCUGAGACAGGAAUGGAUUUCAAUUAACAGGUGUGCCUUGUUUAAAGUUAAUUUGUGGAAUUUCCAUCCUUCUGAAUGCAUUUGAGCCACUCAGUUGUGUUGUGACAAGGUAGGGGUUUUAUACUAAAGACAGCCCUAUUUGGUAAAAGACCAAGUCCAUAUUAUGGCAAGAACAGCUCAAAUAAGCAAAGAGAAAUGACAGUCCAUCAUUACUUUGACUGACCUUCAUGUCUUAAUCUGGAAAAUUUCAAGAACUUUGAAAGUUUCUUCAAGCGCAGUCGCAAAAACCAAUCGAGCACUUAAAUGAAACUGGCUCUCAUGGGGACCGCCACAGGAAAGGAAAACCCAGAGUUACCUCUGCUGCAGAGGAUAAGUUCAAUAGAGUUACCAGCCUCAGGAAUUGCAGCCCAAAGGCUUCAGAGUUCAAGUAACAGACACAUCUCAACAUCAACUGUUCAGAGGAGGCAUUUAUGGUUGAAUUGCUGCACAGAAACAACUACUAAAGGACACCAAUAAUAGGAAGAGACUUGCUUGGGCCAAGAAACACAAGCAAUGGACAGAGUCCAAAUUUGCGAUUUAUGGUUCCAACUGCCAUGUCUUUUGUGAGACAUGGAGUAGGUGAACGGAUGAUCUCCGCAUGUGUGGUUCCCACCGUGAAGCAUGGAGGAGGUGUGAUGGUGUGUGGAUGCUUUGCUGGUGACACUGUCUGUGAUUUAUUUAGAAUUCAAGGCACACUUAACCAGCAUGGCUACCACAGCAUUCUGCAGCAGUCCCACUAAGCGAAAACCAAAUGGGAUAAUCAUUUGGUUUUCAACAGGACAAUGACCCAACACACCUCCAGGCUGUGUAAGUGCUAUUUGACCAAGAAGGGGAGUGAUAGAGUGCUGCAUCAGAUGACCUGGCCUCCACAAUCACCAGACCUCAACCCAAUUGAGAUGAUUUGGGAUGAGUUGGACCGCAGCGUGAAGGAAAGCAGCCAACAAGUGCUCAGCGUAUGUGGGAACUCCUUCAAGACUGUUGGAAAAGCAUUCCAGGAUAAGCUGGUUGAUGGAAUGCCAAGAGUGUGCAAAGCUGUCACCAAGGCAAAGGGUGGCUACUUUGAAGAAUAUAAAAUAAAUGUAGUUUUGUUUCACACCUUUUUGGUUACUACAUGAUUCCAUGUGUGUUAUUUCGUAGUGUUGAUAUUCUACAAUGUAGAAAAUAGUACAAAUAAAGACAAACCCUUGAAUGUGUAGGUGUGUCCAAACUUUCGACUGGUACUAUACUUUCAAAUUGCACAGCUGGAGUUACAUCCAUCAUACGUAGUGGGUUCUCUGCACCCAAGGCAACAGGGUCAUGUACUGCAUUCAGUGGUUAUUUUUGCACGUCAAUUUUUAACAAAAUGUCAAAUUUUAAAGAACAGGAUUUUGCUAUGACCUGUCCUGUGUUUAAAAUGUAUUUUUGACCCAUGAUGCAUCGUUACUUUGUCUUAAUGUUAUACUAUACUUAUUAAAGGGCCUUUGUUCA